AUGGCAAGUCUCUUUGAAAAGUCCACCUUGGGCAAAUAUGUCCAAACCAUCAAGGCGUCGCCGCGGGAGUUGUUCUUCAACUCCAAGCUUCUCUUCUCGACUGCGGUCUACGCAAUGACGGCUAUGGCUAUCACUUGGGACCAAGGUUCAAGUUCUGUCAUUCCCUCUCUUCCGGGGUUUGCCAAAGCAUACGGAAUCACGUCGGCUGCGAAUCCCGCUCAAGUAACCAACUUCAUCUCGAUUGUAUAUCUAGGAGCGGGUGUUGGCUCCUUCUUCUCAUACUUUCUCAACGAUAGGAUUGGAAGGGUGUGGUCACUCCGGGUAUACUUUGUCGUCUGGAUGGUCGGCCAACUUAUCGCGACAUUCUCCAGCGGCAAAAUGCCAGCCCUUUACGUCGCUCGAAUCGUCUCUGGCUUGGGAAUUGGGCCUCUUACCGUCACUGGACCCAUGUCUAUUGUUGAAAUCGCGCCUACCGAGUUCCGCGGUCUGCUCAGCUUCUGGUUUGGUAUCGUCUUGCUUCUUAGCUUGAUGGUUGCUAACCUGACUGUUUAUGCUACCUUCGUACAUGUCAGUCCGUCACCAUUGCAGUAUCAAAUCGUUUGGUUUGUCCCUAUCAUUGUCUCUUUGUUGGUUAUUAUAGCCAGCUUCUGGGCCGUGGAGUCGCCCCGCUGGCUCAUGUUAGUCGGCCGCGAAGACGAGGCGAUCGAGAAUCUUGUCCAAUUGCGUGGCCUCCCUCUCGAGCACGAGCGCGUUUCAUCCGAGUUGGCAGAAAUCAAGAAACAAAUACAGGAGGAGCACAUGAAGUUUGGAGAAAAGGGCGGCUUCAAAGCCAUCCUGAGGGAGACCUUUUUGGACAAGGCCAAUCUCCGCCGAGUCUUCCAGACCGCAAUUGCCUAUGCACUUGCGCAGAUCACGGGAGCAAAUUCGGUCACCAGCUAUCUGGUCCCCAUUUUGUCACUUAUGGGAAUGGGUGGUGAACAGGCUCGCAACUUGCUGCUCGCUGCCAUGUACUCCAUGGCCAAGGUUUUCUACACCAUCAUUGCGUCUUUUUUCUUCGUCGAUGCUCUGGGUCGACGCAAUUCAUUGUUCAUCGGUAUCACCUUCCAGCUGGUCUCAGACGUGUACAUUGGUGUCUACUUGAAGUACCGUCAGACUGGAUCGGUUGCACCAGGUUCCUCUGAAGGUGCUAUCGCCGCAAUCUUCCUUCACGGGUUUGGUUUCGCUGUCGGCUUGCUGUCACUGCCUUACAUUUUUGGUGCUGAGCUAUGGCCUAAUGGUAUCAGGUCUUUUGGCUCAGCCCUAUCUCAGACCUUUCACUGGCUGUUCUUUUUUGCUAUUCUUAGAGCUACGCCAUCUAUCUUGUCGAGUAUGAAUAACUGGGGUGCUUUCAUCUUCUUUGCUGGCUGGUGUCUUAUUGCACUGGUGUACGUAUUCUUCUCGGUGCCUGAGACAGCUGGCCUUUCUGUUGAGCAACUUGACGCGGUCUUUAGGGGACCAUGGUAUAAGGCUUAUAUUUCUUCCAAGCGCCAACAACAGGGAGAGUUGAUGACAUUGGAUGGCCUUCAUGUGGUCGACCAGGAAGCCGGCCGUCAGUCUCCUGAGACGGACGGUGGUAAGUCCAAGGGCGACGUAAUUACAAACCAUUAG